AUGGUUUCACAUUUUGAUCGCUUGGAGGGUCGGAUGGAUAUCUUCGAGGCCCGGCUUACUGAUCUUGAGACUGUUGCUGAUGCUCGACUCACUACAUUGGAGGCCUCUUCUAGGCGCAUUGAGCAGUCAAUCGCUCAGUCCUCUUCUCAUCUUUCCCAGAUCUUGUUUCUCCUCCAGAUGCAGCCACCUCCACAGGCACCUAAACUCAACCAACCUAGUUAUGAAUAUCAAAUCAACUUAAUUUUUUUCAUGAAUAUUGUAUCCCUCUUCGACUUCCUUAACAACCCUAUCUACGCUUUUGUGGGUGUGGGUAUUCACACCGAUGUCCAGAAGUUAACUGAAGAUUAUGGGUUGUCUGUGGGCACCACUGUUGAUCUUCAUUCGUUGACAGCUGAGUGUGGCAUGAUCGAGCUUCACAAUGCGGGGUUGAAGAACUUGGCGAGAGAGGUGCUGGGAGGAUUACGAUGA